AUGGGAGUAAUCAAAAGAUACUUUUUAAAUUCGUCCUUGCAUGGAUUACACUUUGUCGCAGAUAAAAGAUUUCACUGGACAGAGAGAUUAUUCUGGACCAUAUGUGUUUUAGCAUCUUGGGGUGCCUCCUUGGCCAUAAUUUUAAGUGCCAUUGAACAAUAUCAAUCACAGAAAAUAUCUUUUUCUGUAGACACAUCUUACUACGAGUGGGAAACAAAUUUUCCAUCCAUUGUAAUUUGUGAAAAAUCCAACGACGAAAAGAUGCAUGAAGCUAAUAAAAACGCUUUUGGAGACAUUGCGUCCUCACAUUUACCGAAGCUUGAACAUUUUGUUUUUUUCGAUGGUACAAUGAGAUAUAUAGAAGCUUGUGACGUUGGAGGUGCUUUUCGUGAUAGAUGUAUUUUGAAUAAUUAUUCUGAGUACAUGACUAAGUUCCGCAGCAGUUGCUCGGAAAUAAUUGGCUCGUGUUAUUACAACGGCGUUGAAUUUCCUUGUUGCGACGAAUUCCUGUCCAUUGGAACUUAUCAUGGGCCUUGUUUUGCUUUCAAUUCCCUGUUCUCUGGGAAAUAUAAAACUCGAGAUCAACUUUCAUUCAAAAUUAAUCGUAAUACAGAUUACGGUUACGGUAAUUUAUCUGUAGAACUCUUACACACCGGUCUAUUAGUAUAUGGUUUAAGUCAAGAUGCAGUACCUACAAAAGAUAGUUCUCGACAAUAUGUAUUAGUGAAUUCGGCUAGUAAAAGUAUUGUACCUGCCACCUACUAUAAAGCGUUUCUUUCAGUAGAGGAAACGUUUACAGAUGAAAACGCAAGAUUAAUGAGCAUUGAAAAUCGGGGUUGUCGAUUUUAUGAUGAAAAUCAUUUGCAACAUUCAAAAAUUUAUAGUAUGUCGACAUGUGAAAAUGACUGUCUUGUUGAGGCUCAAAGGAGUGUUUGUAAUUGUACUGUUCAUACCUUGCCCCACAAUAAGGAAGUAAGGGAUUGUGAUUAUGACGGCCUGCUUUGCAUUAUUGAUAACGCGCUUAUCGCUCAAAAGAGCAGGUCCUGCAGAUGUGUUAGUUCUUGUUUCGAUGUGGAGGUUAAAAUCAUUGGUUUGACAAGACCUCCAAUCCCGAAAAGUCAGUUUAGGAAUGAUAAAAGUCUUGCUCGCAUCGACUUCGUUGUUCAGCCAUCGACUAUUCGAUACACGAGAUCCGUCGUCAAGGAUCCACUUUAUAUGUUGGUUUCUGUAGGUGGAUGUGUUAGUGUGUUUAUAGGAGCAAGUUUGCUGUCAAUUAUCGAAAUAAUAUAUUACUUUGUUAUUCGCCCAUUAGGGGAUAGGUAUCUACAAAAAGAACAGAUUAAGACUAUUCAGAAAUGCAAAAGGCAGCAAAUGGACCUGUUUGAUGGGUUUCAUUUUGAAUAUGUAAACUAAAAUACUGAAAUAGAUGAGAUCUUUCGGGAUAUUUUCUGCCAAU